AUGGAGCAUCCCGACAUGAACCAUGACUCCGAUGGCUCGGGAUCCUCGGACGAGUUCCCUCCUCAGUAUCCCUUGAGGGCCAACAACUACGAGGUCUUCGACGUCCCCGUCCAAACCCCGUCCACUCUCACCUCCUCCCCUCCGUCUCAUUCCCCCAGCCUGGCCUCAUGGUCCUCUACUCCCACGACGCGUCCACGCGGCGCUAGUCUCGGCGCUGCCUCCACUCUCGACAAAUCCGAUGGUCUUGCGAUGGGAGGCGACAUUCGACUUCAACGCCCGUCUGGCCCGGCACGGACACCCUCCAACACUUACGCUCCGCAACGGCGGCCACCGGCAUACAUCAGCCUCCAGAGCGACCGUCAGCGAUCCUCAUCUGCCAAACGGAGCUCUCGGCGCGACCCGAACGCGCAGUACCGCGCCCAGGAGAAGGCCUACGUCCAGCGCAUUCGCGCCAACCCGGGGGCUUGGUACCACCACUUCAGCGAAGCGCAGGCCUCCAAUAUGACUGUAGCCGAUGCAGACCUGGAGGAUCCCUCCCCGUCCUCGGAGGCACCUUUCGACGAAGAAGCCUACGACCCUGAUACCCAGCUUUUCCUCCCGGACGACAACCAGCCGACGAUGGAAGAACUCAAGGAACCAAGGAACCAAGAACGACUGGAGUGGCACUCGAUGUUGGCUUCGGUGCUCAAAGGCGACGUCGUGAAACAAGAAAAGCAACGGAUGAUUGGAGCUACGGAAUCCAAUCGGUCGGCUGCACAGAGCCAAGCGCUUUGGAUUGGUGUCAGAGCGAGGACAUGCGGUCGGAGUAUUCCAUUGCAGUGGAAAGUCAUCGAAGACGCAAGGACUCACGUUGCCCCUCUGAUCGAGGAUAUCAUCAACUUCCAGAUCAAGGGCGAGACAGAGAUUGGCAAACCGCCGCGACAGCAAGUCGAAGAUAUCGUGGAGAAGAUUGAGCGAUGCGAGACUCUUUAUUCGUCACAUAAAGAGAUGGCAGCCGCUCACCCUCGUGUUGCCUCGGAAGAAUUCUAUUCGAGUUGGGAUUCGAUCUUUGCGUGGCACAAUAUCACGGCGUUGAUUAACACCGAGCUUGCCGUGCUGCAAAGCUGGGUGGGAAAUGAUUCCCUUGAUUUCAGCAAGCCAAGGGAGCAAUCCGCCCAGAGUGACCUUUCCGACGAGUCAUUCCUGGAUCGCAUCAUGAAAGAGGACGGUCUGAAGACGCUACAGGGCGAGAAGAGCAUGCUGAAUGCCGUCAGUGAUGUUAUCCAGAAAGCCAAGAGCACCCUGAUUGAAAAUGCCGAGGCGUUUUCGAAACGACAUUUGCCACCGUAUAUCGAGGAGCUGCUCAUCCUGAUCAACUUCCCGUCGCGGUUGAUCCAGGAGAUCAUUCGGAUGCGUCUCUCUUACGCCAAGAACAUGAAGGACCCGGCCCAGCAGUCCCCUAUCUUGGUGGACCAAAUGAUCUCCCAGUUCCAGAUCUUGAUGAAAGUGGCGGUCGAGAUCAAGCAAAAUUAUCUCACCAUCUCGAGUCCAGAGCCUAGCUGGGAUCUUCCCCCGUGUGUCGACGAGAACUUCGACUCGGUGGUCCUGGAUGCCAUGAAACUCUACUUCAAAUUGUUGAACUGGAAACUGAAUGCCAACAAGAACACUUUUAAAGAGGCAGAGAUCCUGGAACAGAUGUGGGGUUUCUCCUACGGCAUCGGUAGACAGCUCGAAAGCGGAGAUAUUGAAGUGGCCGAGCAAUUUAGUGCCUUGACGGCCAAGUCACUCCAACGUCUUAUGAUCCACUUUGAGCGCGAGUUGGUCCCCCGACCGAAAGAAACGGUGUUAGACAUGGAUAAGCGGUACAAGAGCAUCUUGGAUUCCACACGCAUUCGCCAACGGAAGCUGUACCGGUUCUCGAGGUUCCUUUGCCAACUUUUUGAGAAUGCCACUGAGUAUAACCUCAGUGCUGACAUUGCGUAUGAAUUCUUCGAGGAACUGCUAGUGUCCGAUCAUUUCCUGGUCACCUCGCCAGACUCGGUUGGUCAGAAGGGCGUUUACUUGAUUGCGCAUCCUGCGCUGUGGAACCGCCCUGGCGACAUUCAGGCCAUUCUCGCCACUUCUUUCCGGGAAGAUGAAACGUCCGAAGAGGCAGUCCAUAUUCCCUACUUGCUCGUCAUCCGCCCAGAGAAACCGAUAGGCUGGGCGGGCAAGGAGAUGCAGGUAGGAUUCUUGGAGCAGCCGACAGAUGUGCGCCUGGGCAAGCUUCGCCUGGUAGUAGAAGGCAUGCAAGAGCGAUUGCAAAAAGCUCGGAUUGAGCUGACCCAGCUUACCGGCAUCCAGCUCGACAUGGCCGUGGAGCAACGAGCGAACCUUGGCCGCGUGAACGUCGAACUCAACAAGAUGAAGAAAAUCGCCUUCAAGCUAUCCAUGGCCAUCAUGGACAGCGUUGCUGUCAUCAAGGACCAGCUGCGCGAGAAGAUUUGGGAGAACAAUGAUUUGAUUCAGGCUUGCUACGCAUUUGCAACCGAAUUCGGUAAGCGUUCAUCCAGCUAUGUCGAUCCCAAUCGACGAGCCAUGAACAGUGCUCGAUUGGUUGAGUUGUCUCUCGACUGGGUCUCGUUCGUCUGUGAUGAGUGCGACGCUGCCGACAGGAAGACCUUCAAAUGGGCCGUGGCUGCUCUUGAAUUCGCAAUGGCGAUCACCUCCGGCCGGCAUCUUUUGUCUAUGAAUGAUGGGCAAUUUGGCCGUCUCCGGUCCAAAGUGGCGGGAUGCAUGUCACUUCUCAUCUCCCAUUUCGAUAUCAUGGGUGCUCGAUCAUCUCUCGCAGCCCAGGUAGAGAAGCAGCGGAUGGAGGAACGCGCUGGGUCCCGAAAAUUGGGUUCCGGCCGGAUUGUCAGUGACGAAGAAGCCUCGAAAAUGGUUCGCGAGCAGUGGCUGGCGCGUGUGACGGAGCUUGAGGACCGCAGGGUGGAGGAAGAUGCGAAACGCCAGGCGCUCGGACGCGUGCUGGAGGGCUCGAAUGAGGCCGAUCGGUCGCUCACAGUCCUCUCAUCCUCGGCCACGAACGUUAAUUUGCGGUGGCAGCAAGGCCAAUUCAUUGGAGGUGGCACUUUCGGCUCUGUCUAUGCAGCCAUCAAUUUAGACAGCAAUUACUUGAUGGCGGUUAAGGAGAUUCGCCUGCAGGAUCCCCAGCUUAUUCCCAAGAUUGCUCAGCAGAUUCGCGACGAGAUGGGGGUGCUCGAAGUCCUGGAUCACCCGAACAUCGUCUCGUACCACGGCAUUGAGGUGCAUCGUGACAAGGUGUACAUCUUUAUGGAAUACUGCUCAGGCGGUUCACUGGCUAGUUUGCUGGAGCAUGGCCGCAUCGAAGAUGAGACAGUCAUCAUGGUCUAUGCGCUCCAGCUCUUGGAGGGCCUGGCCUACCUCCACCAAGCGGGUAUCGUGCACCGCGACAUCAAGCCCGAGAACAUCCUGCUCGACCACAACGGAAUCAUCAAGUACGUGGACUUUGGCGCUGCCAAGAUCAUCGCGCGUCAAGGUCGUACUGUGGCACCGAUGGACGGCCCUACCGGCGGUGGCCUCAAGGAGCAGCCCAUGCUCCCAAAGGACGGCCAGCAUGCGAACCAGCGCAAGAACCAGAAGACCACCACGGGUACUCCCAUGUACAUGUCCCCCGAGGUAAUCCGCGGUGACGCCUCCGCGCUGAGCAGCCACCAAGGCGCCAUCGACAUCUGGUCGCUGGGCUGCGUCGUCCUGGAAAUGGCCACCGGCCGACGGCCCUGGUCCUCGCUCGACAACGAGUGGGCCAUCAUGUACAACAUCGCCCAAGGCAACCAGCCCUCGCUGCCCUCGCGGGACCAACUCAGCGACUUGGGCAUCGACUUCGUGCGCCGCUGCUUCGACUGUGAUCCCCUAAAGCGUCCGACUGCUGCUGAGCUUCUCCAGCACGAGUGGAUCGUCUCCAUCCGUCACCAGGUUGUCUUGGAGCCGGCAACCCCGAACAGCGAUCCAGGCUAUAGCAGCUCCAGCUCGGCUAGCCGCCAGAAUUCGACGUAUAUGUGA